UUUAGGCCACAUCAAACCGUGUUGCUUUGCUUUGCUCAACCAACUCUUGUUGCUUCGCGCCAAGAAUCCUUAUUUUUGUGCGGCAAUGCCGCGCCGCGCCGGCGCCGGAGCUGUCGCUGGCUUCUUGGUAUCGAUGCUCGUCGCAGCGGCGGCGGCGGCGGCGGCGACGUACAUUGUGGUUGACUAUGGCGCGGUGGGCGACGACGGCGGGGCGACGGACAGCGCGGGGGCGUUCGUGGCCGCGUGGUCCGCGGCGUGCGCGGACGACGCGCCGGCGACGGUGGUCGUGCCGGCGGGCGGGGUGUUCCUGGUGUCCAGGGCGAGGUUCGCCGGGCCGUGCAGGAGCGGCGCGGUGACCGUGGACAUGGCGGGGGCCACGGUCGUCGCGCCCGUGCCGUACGCCGGGGUGCAGCUCUGGAUCGUGUUCCAGGACGUGGACGGCGUGUCCGUCGCCGGCGGGACGCUCGACGGCCGCGGCCGGGCGUUCUGGGCGUGCAGGCGCGCCGGCCGGCCGGACUGCCCCGCCGCCACGAGGUCGCUGACGAUACACCGGUCGAAGAACGUGGUGGUGCGGGGCCUCACGUCGCGCGACAGCGCCGGGAUCCACGUCACCGUGCAGGCGAGCUCCGGCGUGGCGAUCGUCGACACGGUGGUGUCGGCGCCCGGGGACAGCCCCAACACGGACGGCAUCCACAUCAAGCAGUCCACCGGCGUGACCGUCCGCAACGCCGUGAUCGGCACCGGCGACGACUGCGUCUCCAUGGUGGAGGGCUCCUCCGACGUCUGGAUCGAGGCCGUCACGUGCGGCCCCGGCCACGGCAUCAGGCGAGCGACCAAGCCUCAAUCCGCGUCGUCUGCUCGUACCACCAUAGCUACAUUUCCGUUGUUGUUUGCCAGCAUAGGGAGCCUGGGGGACACGCCGGAGCAGGUGGCCGUGCGCAACAUCACCGUGAAGGGCGCGGCGCUCGCCGGGACGACGAACGGGCUGCGGAUCAAGACGUGGGCGAAGGCGAACAGCGGGGCCGUCUCCGGCGUCGCCUUCUCCGGCGUCGUCAUGAGCGGCGUCAGGAACCCGAUCAUCGUCGACCAGAACUACUGCCCCGGCAACGUCAGCUGCCCAACCGAGGGGUCGGGGAUCAAGAUCAGCAACGUGUCGUACACGGACGUGGAGGGGACGUCGGCAACGGCGGUGGCGGUGAGGUUCGAGUGCAGCCCGAGCCAACCGUGCGAGGAGAUCACCAUGCGGGACGUCCGGCUGAGGUACCGGCCGCCGGAGGGGGAGGAGGAGCAGCCGGCGGAGUCGCUCUGCCGGAACGCGCAGGGGGUGGCAUUUGGGGAGAACGAUCCACCAAGCUGUCUAACCGAGUAGUAACCAGCAGAGAGUAUCGCCUCAUAUUUUCGUUUUUCUUAGGUUUAUAAAUUAAAAUUUGAAAUUUUAAUGUUAAGAUUAGAUUUAAUUUUAGA